AAAGAGAGAGCGGAAGUGCCUCCACCUCUGCCGUGGUUGCUCUGACGUAGGUGGAAGGACAGAAGGUGAUGGAAAGAACCAGGGGGUGAGAGAGGAAGAGAGAGAGAGAGAGAGAGGCAGGCUGUUACCGUUCCACGACACACUGACUCGACAGAGGAGGAGCAGCACAGACCGUCUUCCUCCCGGAUCUGGACCUGGAUCCUCAGCAUCACACCGACGUGUCGAGCAUCAUUUUCUCCGCCUCCCGAGCGUCUUCCGUGGCAACGCGUCUCCACUGCGCGCGGAGCCGACGAUCAGGUCAAAGGUCGUGACCUCCUCUUCCAUUUCUUCUACCAGACCCAGUAGUUCCUGAUCCAGAUCAUGAAGGGCAUGUUGUGUCUGCUGCUGCUGGGGUCAGUGCUCCUGAACGAAGCUGCAGGUGGUGAUGUGUGUGUAGCAGGUCAUGACAGCGGACCAGUGUUUGAACAACAGCCAAAUGGUUUGAUUUACCCUGAGGGUCUGAGUGAAGGCAAGGUUACCCUCAGCUGUCAGGCCAGAGCCAGUCCAGCUGCUUCUUACAGAUGGCUCGUGAACGGUACUGAUGUUCCGCUGGGUUUGGACCUCCGUUACACACUGGUUGCAGGAAACCUGGUGAUCAGCAGCCCUGAGUCUGCUCGAGACACCGGCUCGUACCAGUGUUUGGCCAUCAACCGCUGUGGAAUCAUCAUCAGCAGAGCAGCAAACCUUAAAUUUGGCUACCUCCAUGACUAUCCUCCAGACAGCAGGAGUCCACAGACUGCAUAUGAGGGUGUUGGGACUUUUCUGGCCUGUCAGCCACCUCCACAUUAUCCAGCUCUGUCCUACCGCUGGUUCAUCAACGACUUCCCCAACUUCAUCAAGAAGAACGACAGCAGACUCUUUGUGUCUCAGAACACGGGGAACCUGUAUUUGGCCAAAACAGAACCAAACGACACAGGGAACUACUUCUGCUUCACCACCAUCAGCAUGGACAUCAGCACCAAGAGCACCUUCAGCAAAGCUAACCAGCUCACUGUGAUGCCUGAUGCUAAUCCCAGGAAGUCGGCUCCCAACAUCAAAGUGCGGUUCCCAGCAGAGACCUACGCCCUGGCAGGACUCACUGCACAGUUAGAAUGCUUUGCUUAUGGAAAUCCAGUACCAAAACUGAGAUGGAGGAAGGUGGACGGACUGAUGCCAUCCAAGGCUGGGUCCUCGGCAGAAAGUCCCACUCUCAUCCUGCAGGAUUUGUCUUUCGACGAUGAGGGUGUUUACGAGUGUGAAGCUUAUAACUCAGAAGGAAGUGAUACUUAUCAGGGACGCAUCAAUGUUCAAGCUCAGCCAGAGUGGUUACAGGUGAUGAGUGACUCUGAGGUGGAGAUCAGUUCACAGCUGCACUGGAGCUGUGUGGCUGCUGGGAAACCCCGUCCUUCCAUCCGUUGGCUUCGAAAUGGACAGUCUCUCAGCACACAGGACCGAGUGGAGGUAAACGGUGCUCGUCUUAAGAUUAGUAAUUUGGCUCUGGAAGAUUCUGGAAUGUACCAGUGUGUGGCUGAAAACAAGCACGGCACCAUCUACUCCUCUGCUGAGCUCAGAGUUCAAGUUCAAGCCCCAGACUUCAGACAGAACCCGGUCCGCAGGUUGAUUCCAGCAGCCAGAGGAGGUCAGGUGAUGAUCGAGUGCCGUCCUCGAGCUGCACCGAAGCCCAGUCUGUUCUGGAGUCGUGGCACAGAGCUGCUGACCAACAGCAGCAGAGUCACGGUGACUUCAGAUGGAAUCCUGUGGAUUUAUAACAUCAGCCGAGCUGAUGAAGGGAAGUACACAUGCUUUGCUGAAAACUACCUGGGAAAAGCCAACAGCACCGGACACCUGUCUGUCAGAGAUGCCACUAAAAUCACAUUGGCUCCUUCAAACGCUGACAUAAACCAAGGGGAGAAUGUGACACUGCAGUGUCAUGCAUCACAUGACCCCACCAUGGACCUGACCUUCACCUGGACCCUCAACGGGGUCCUGCUGGAUAUGGAGAAUUCUGCAGGACCGUACCACCGGGUGGAGGGGAAGGAAAACAUUGGUGAUCUGCUGAUAGUCAAUGCUCAGCUGAGUCAGGCGGGGGUCUACAGCUGCACAGCUCAGACUGUGGUGGACAGCGCUACAGCCUAUGCCAAACUCGUGGUUCGAGGACCCCCAGGACCACCUGGAGGUUUGCUUGUGAAGAAUGUAGCUGAGACCUCAGUGGAGCUGAGGUGGAGCCGUGGCUACGAUAACCACAGUCCCAUUGGAAGAUAUAUAAUCAGGGGACGGUCGUCACUGUCCUCACAGUGGAAGAAGAUCAUGACAGACCCUGUAAACAUUGAGGGAAACGCAGAGUCUGCUCGUGUGAUGGGACUGAUUCCCUGGAUGGAUUAUGAGUUCCAGGUCAUCGCCAGCAACAUCCUGGGCAGUGGAGAACCCAGCAUGCCCUCACAGAUAAUACGCACACAGCAAGCAGCUCCCACCGUGGCCCCCAGUGGACUCUCAGGAGGGGGAGGCAACCGUAAUGAGCUUAUAGUUACCUGGACGCCAAUGGCCAGAGAGUAUCAGAACGGGGACAACUUUGGUUACGUCCUGGGCUUCAGAAAGAAAGACGCGUCAUCGUGGACGAUGGUGCGCAUUCCUCAUGUGGAGUCGUCUCGUUAUGUCUACUACAAUGAGACAGUAACCCCCUACAGUCCCUUUGAGGUGAAGAUCAAAGCAUACAACCGUAGAGGAGAAGGUCCCUUUAGUCAGAUCGCAGUGGUUCACUCUGCAGAGGAAGAACCUACAGUGGGACCGUCCAGUAUUAACGCCACGGCACUGACAGCCUUUGACAUCCAGGUGUCCUGGGAUUCUGUCCAUCAACUCAGCACCACAGGAAUCCUCAGAGGAUACGAGAUCCGCUACUGGCGGCAGCACGAGCGAGAGGCGGCAGCAGACCGGGUGAGAACGACUGGACUAGAAACAACAGCCAGAGUAUCUGGACUGAGGCCCAGCACUCGAUACCAUGUUGCAGUUCUGGCCUACAACAGUGCAGGCACUGGACCUCUGUCCCCCCGUGCUACUGUCACCACCAGGAAACCACCUCCCAAUCGUCCUCCAGGAAACGUGUCCUGGAAAACAGACCCCUCCUGGGUGACGCUGAGGUGGGACCAUGUGAAGGCCAUGCACAACGAGUCGUCCAUUCUGGGCUACAAGGUGUUGUACAAACACGAGGGCCAGACAGCGCUGAAGGUUCUGGACAAGACAAAGACGUCAGUGAACCUGCCGCUGCCUAAAGACAACAGCUACGUUGUGUUGGAGAUCCGGACCUGGGGAGAGGGUGGAGACGGGCCGGCACAUGAGAUCAUCGUGUCCAGGGACACAGGAACUGGCAUGAUGGUCCAGAGCCAGGCCUCCUCUCCACUCUCUGCUCCCUCCCUGCACCUCCUCACUGCCCUCCUGCUCCUCCCUCUGCCGUCCCUGUCAGGCCUGUGAUCUCAGCCUCUCUUUGGACUUUUUUUUCUACUGUUUCAGGCUUCAAACUAAAGCCGUCCUCUGUCUCAGCCUGUGGCUGCUGCAGGUGGUUCUGGGAGGGGGGUGAGGUG